AUGUCUUCUUCCUCAAGCAACUCCACAAUCUUCCUUGAAUCAAACUUCAACAUCCCAAGCAAAAAUUAUAGCCACACAAUGACCACAGAAACCCUAGAAAUUUCAACAAACAACGUUGAAGAAAAAGUAGCAACAAUAGAACUUUAUGUUCAAGGAUUCUAUAAGCUUUUUGUUCAACCUUUUUAUAGCUUUAAACCUUUAGCAACAGAAAGGGAAUUUAUUGUGUCACCAAAGUAUGGAUACAAGUUAAAGUUUCCUCUUUUCUUGGUCACUAAAAAUCCUCGCUUGUUUCCUUUUUGCGUGUCUCAAAAACUGGCAAUAUUACCCAUAAGCACUGGUUUGACUUCUUAUAUUGAACCAUUUAUUGUUCGCAAUGCCAUUCAAAUGGGACAAAGGAAUGGAGACAAGGAGUUUAAGAUUGUUUUUGAUGUUAAGGUUGUUGAGAUUGAUUUGGCAGAUUAUCAUGAGUGUGAUGAUUACCGUAAAUGUGGUCUUAUUUAA